AAUAAAAAACGGCGGAAUGUUUAGUCGGAUGCCGGUAUCGAUUCGUAACACACGUGAAUGCGGUUCGUUCUGUCUUCUGAACUUCGAACAUGACAAUUUAAAGUGUCUAGCGUUGUCGAUUGAUAGUAGUAAUUUAUUGGCUGUUGUGGUGGAAGAAACAUCAACAGAGCCCUCCUCAACUGGCUAUAGCCAUCAAUUAAAACGUGUCAUUGGUGUAAACACAGAAAAACAAGAAACAAAACCUCCAUUUCUUCUCCAAAGUUUUGAAAGUGGGUAACAAAUAAGAACGAAUAAACAAAUCGAAAACAACAAUAAUAAAAAACACUUGUGUGUAUUAGAACAAAUGGCAAAAAAUUUAGAGAGAAAUUUUUCGUAAUAAUUUAAUCGAGAAGUGUUGAUGUCUGAUAAACAAAAUUCGAUGCUUGGUGGAGGAGUGUGAUCAAGAUUUAGAAGAAUUUACUUGAGAAGAGAAAACAUUAAAUAAAUUAAAGGAAAUCAAUAGAAAGAAUUUACGACUCUAGAUUUUUAGGCUACACAAUGAAAUCCAGAGAAUUGGCAUAUCGUUUAUUGCCCGGCCUCAAAUGGCUGAAGGGCUAUACGGGACAAGAUGCAUUGUCUGAUUUGAUUGCUGGCAUAACAGUGGGAUUGACAGUGUUGCCACAGGGUUUGGCCUAUGCCACGUUGGCUGGCUUGGAACCCCAAUAUGGUUUAUAUUCCGCCUUUGUGGGUGGCAUAAUUUAUGCCUUCAUUGGCAGUUGCCGCCAAGUGACAAUUGGUCCGACCGCCCUAUUGGCAUUGAUGACAAGUCGCCAUACUGGAUUUGGUUUGAAUUCAGGUCCAGCUUAUGCCAUUUUACUAUGUUUGAUAUCAGGUAUUGUUGAAAUGCUGAUGGCCGUUUUGAGAUUGGGCGCAUUGGUUGACUUGAUAUCUUUGCCCGUUACAGUGGGUUUCACAUCAGCCACCGCAGUUAUUAUUGGAACAUCACAAAUCAAGGGUCUCUUGGGCUUGCGUGGUGGUUCCGGUUCCGGUUUUAUAAACACCAUGAAAUCUGUGUUUCUCAAUUUAGAUAAAAUUCGUAUUGGGGAUUUUAGUUUAGGUGUUACUGCCAUUAUUAUUCUGUUGCUAUUAAGGAAACUGAAAGACUUAAAACUUCAAAAUUCCAACAAAUUCCUGAAAAGUUUCCUCUGGAUUGUGGCCACCGGACGUAAUGCUCUGGUGGUUUUAAUAAGCAGUACCAUAGCCUAUUACACAUGUCAGAACAAGGAUGCAUGUCCACUGAUCUUAACGGGUAAAGUGAAAAGUGGUUUACCCGAAUUUCAAUUGCCACAAUUUAAAACAACAAUUCUAAAUGCAAAUGGGACAGAAACUGCACAAAAUUAUUCGGCAAUGUUGGAAGAGUUGGGUCCUUCAAUGAUUAUUUUACCCAUAAUUGCGGUAUUGGGUAAUGUGGCAAUAUCAAAGGCUUUUGGCGGAGCUGGAAUUUCGCCAACACGUGAACUUGUGGCAUUGUCAUUGAGUAAUAUAUGUGGUUCGUUCUUCUCCUCAAUACCUGUGACGGGGUCUUUCUCGCGUAGUGCCGUAAAUCAUGCCAGUGGUGUUAGAACACCAAUUGGUGGAUUUUAUACCAGUGCAUUGGUACUAUUGGCAUUGGGUUUAUUGACACCAUAUUUCCAGUAUAUUCCCAAGGCCUCACUGAGUGCUGUGAUUAUUUCGGCGGUUAUAUUUAUGAUUGAGUUUGAGGUCAUCAAACCAUUGUGGCGUUGCAGUCGCCGUGAACUCUUACCCGGGGCCAUUACAUUUGUGGUAAGCUUGGCAGUGGGUGUGGAGAUUGGCCUUCUUUUGGGCGUGGGAGCUGAUGUUGCAUUUUUGGUAUAUCGUGUGGCCCGUCCCGUACUAACAGUUAACAAAUUGAGUACCACCCAUGGCAUUUCUUAUAUUUUGAUAAGGCCCAAACACAGCUCUUUAUAUUUUCCUGCAAUUGAAUGGGUGCGCACCGGAAUUUCUAAGGCAUUGGAAACUCAUGGUUCGGCACCUGUAAUUUUGGAUUGCUCAAAUGUUCAUGAUUUUGAUUUCACCGCUGGCCGUGGUAUUGGCGCUCUCAACAAGGAAUUGAUACGCAUGAAUAUUCCUUUGUUCCUGCUCAAAGCCUCCAAGGAGAUCAUUGUCAUUCUAAAGGAAUCAACAAAUGCCGAUAUACCUACACUGGAACAGCCUGAUGAUUUGGAGACUGUGCUGGAACAGAGUCCCGACUACGAACCAUAUCUACAGGUGAUGGUGCCCUUGGUAGCUAAUCCAAAUCACGGCAAUGCAGAUAAUGAGCAUGACAAAAAGAAUUGAAUUUAUCAUACCGCCCUAUCUCAAAAACCAAAUUAGGUUUAAUAUUCCACAGAUUCCAAACCCUAUCAUGUCAACCCACAAUGAGACUAAAUGCUGUUCUAAGUAUUUCCAUUUUUUUUAUUAAAUGCAAUUAUCUCCUAUACAAGAUGCAUAAGUAAACAAUUUACAUAUUAGAAUUUUUGUAUGUAUUACUAAAGACCCCAAAUAAGUGUUUUCGAAAGAAAACCGCAUAUAAUUUUUAACUUUUUGCACAAACUUUUUUUAUUUUUCUCCUUUUUUUGUUUUCAAAUCUUUGCUUAGUUUAAAGUAAAAAUUCUCUUGUUUAUAUAUAAGUAAUAAUAAUAUCCCAUAAUAUAAAAUAUAAUAAAUUGUAUGCAUGAAAAACUCGUGUAUUAUUAUAUAACCAUAAAAAAACAUUAUUCUGUUUUUAAAAAAUAAAAAAAGGUUUUUGUUUUUUAUAUAUUCGAACUAAAUGUGAAACGUAAACUUUAUAAUUAUAUUAAUGAUAAUAAUAAUAAUGAAACUAUUAAAGUGUGUGUGUAUAUAUAAACAAGUAUAUAUAUAUAAAAUACAAUAGAAUAAUUUAUUAUAAAUAUUAAUUUAAACCAAAUUUUUUAGCAAAUAAAACAAAAAUUAAAAAGAACUCACAAAUAAAUACAAAAGUAAAAAAAAACA